GAAGCUGAUAUUCAACACAAAUAAUUUUCCACCACCAAUUAUUUAAAAAUAAUUUUUCUUCAAUCAAGAAAAGAAAAUCAAGAUACUGAUAAAAAUUAAUUAAUUUGACGUUCAUUAACAUCUUGCACAGUCUCUCAAAGUAACAAAAUGGCUUCGAAACUUCAAGAAGCUCAAGAACAUAUCCAACAAGCUGAAAAAUAUCUUAAAACGUCACUUCUGAAAUGGAGACCGGACUUUGAUAGUGCAGCAGAUGAAUAUAAUAAAGCUGCGAUGUGUUUUCGCAACGCAAAAAGUCUUUCUGAAUGUAAAGAAUGCUUGCUAAAAUGUUCUGAUUGCCAUAAGCAAAAUCGACAGCUUUUCCAUGCUGCGAAAGCUCUUGAUCAAGCAAUUCUUGUCAGCAAAGACCUCAACGACUUCAACUCGAUCAGAAAUUUGGCUGAAAGGGCUUGCCACAUGUAUCAACAACAUGGAUCUCCCGAAUCAGGUGCAGCUUCACUUGAUAAAGCAGCAAAAAUUCUUGAUUCUAAUUAUCCUCAAGAAGCUCUGUCUUUGUAUCAGCAUGCGUUAGACGUUUCAUUGAUUGAAGAUUCAAGCCGACAAGCAACUGAAUACGCGUCAAAAGUUGCUCGAAUUCUUGUCAAGUUAAACAUGUUCGAUCAAGCUGCAGAUGCAAUUCGUCGUGAGAUUGGACUACAUCAGCAAAAUGAAAAUUAUGGAUCGAUUGGACGUCUUGCAGUUGCUCUUGUGCUUGUACAAUUAGCACGAGAAGAUUAUGUAGCAGCUGAGAAAGCAUUUAAGGAAUGGGGAAAUUGUUGUGACGUUCAAGAAGUUCAAACACUUGAAUCACUUCUUCAAGCUUAUGACGAUGAAGAUCCUGAACUUGCAAAACGUGCUCUGUCAUCACCUUUUAUAAGACAUAUGGAUGUUGAAUAUGCCAGGCUGUCAAGGGAUUUAAAACUUCCCAAAGGAAUGGUGACAGCACCUAAAGCACCGAUUAUUGAAAAUGCAACAGCUUCUUAUGUUUCACAAUCAGCUGGUGGUGCUGGUGGUAGCUCAAGUGAACCUGGUGCAAGUGCAAGUGCAGGAGAUGACGAAGAAGAAGGCGGAUUAUGUUAAGCAUUUAAAUAAGCUUUAAUUGUGAUUAUCUCGCGGAAUUGUUGAAUCAUUUGAAUUUAUUUAGAUGAAAUUCUAUGCACAUCGACUUUGUAUCGGGUGAACGUUUAAAUUAAUUUUAUUGCUUUGUGAUAAAGUUGAGAAAAGAUUAAAGAAAAAAUUUUAUGUUUUCUUUCAUAAAUGAAAUUUAUAUUUUAAAUUCUUUCAGUUUAAGUAAAAAAAGUAUUUAUUAAUUAAUUAAAUUAAGAAUUGAGGUCUGUUAUCAAUGAAAAUUUAAUUAAUUUCAUUUUUUCCGUCAUAGAAACGAAAAAAAGCUAAAAAGAUUUUAAAGUAUAUUUAAAGAGUGAAGAAAUGUUUUUAAAAAGUUGCUGCUAUCCACUUCUUCUAGUAUCUAAUAAAAUUCCAUGAUCUAUCGCAAUGUGAACAACUAACUCUUAUUAAUAAUGAAAUGUCAAGUCAAAAGUGGAUAUUUAUUAUUUACUCAAUGAUAAUUAUCAUAAUGAGAUCAGAUUGUAACAUUAUUAUUGACAACCAAACCAAUCAAACUUUUUCCAAAUCAACGAAUAUCGCCAGCUCAUAAGGAUGGCGAAAAUUUUUUUUCAUUAUGUAAAAUUUAAUGCUUCAAGAUGCAUUUACGUUUUGGAAAGGGAUAAAAAUUAUAAUUUUGUCUGUAAAGUUUUAAGAUGAAAUGCUUCAGAAAUUAAUUUAUCGUUGAUGAUGGGAUGUUGGUUUUCAUUGCUGGUUUGAUUAACUUUAUCUAACUAAAAGAAGAAAAAAAUAAAGAAAUAUAUUCCAUUAGUUAAGUGAAAAUAAAUAUUUCGGCCCAUUAAUAACAAAAGAAAAGAAAAUUUGUAGAUUUAUUGCAAGCAGAUUCCAGAAGAAACUUCAAUAAAGAAAUGUACUACAUAUGAAUGUUUCACUUACAAAGCAAAUUGUGUUUAUAAAAUAACUUUUAACAUCAACAGAUCGAAUCUACACUUCUUAAUCAAUAUUUAUAUUUUGAAUUUGAAUUCAUUGUUUCUGUAUCGGGUUCAUAGAUAGAAUUUUAACCAAGUACUAUUUGCUCAGGAGAUGAAGUAACAGGAAAUAGUGGAUUUCUUUCAGCAGCAUCAUCUUCAAAAUCCAUAUCAGCUACCCUUCUGAAGUUUUAUUGUCUUCGUCAUUUUCCACAAAUGAAAAUGAUUGAUUGCUUCUGAUAUGCUCUAUUAUUUGGAACUUAAUGGUAAUAAGAAUUUUUGA